AUGGAACACUGGACAGUAGACAAAUUGAUAGAUGACCAGACGAAAGGUUGGAACUUGGACCUUCUGAAGAACAUACUCAGUGAAGAAGAUAUUAGCAAUAUAUCUAAGAUUCCUAUCAGCCGGAGGGGUAUCGCGGACAAACAGGACUUAUUGAGCCACCUAAAAUCAGAAGUAAGCGAGGGAGACUUCAAAGUUUUCACAACCACAGUGUACCUAGUUUGGAAGAGAAGGAACGAACUGGUGUUUGAGAAGAAAUUCGAGAACCCCUCCAAGCUCAUCUAUAACAGUUACCAGAAACUGAGAGAUUUUAAAGAUGCAAACGCAAGCUGUCCCUCCAGACAUAGUGACAGGCCCCAAGCAGCAGAAUGGACUCCUCCACAAGUGAAUGGCUUCAAGGCAAACUGGGAUGCGGCUGUUGACAGAUCAAGGUGCAAAAUUGGCAUAGGGGUGGUGGUGAGGAACUGGGAAGGUAAGGUAAUUGCUACCAUGAGAUCUCAAAGGACUUUGUUUCCGGAGGCAAAGCUGGCUGAGGCUUUGGCGGCUCUAAAGGCUGUAAUCUUAUGUAAACAUCUACAGCUUCAAAACCUCAUAUUGGAAGGUGACGCACUCAAUGUGGUUCAAGACAUUAACGCAGAGAGAAGAGAUUGGAGCACAGUAGGUCUAAUGAUUCUAGAUAUUAAAGCAGAACUUAGAGGAUUGAAAUCCUGGUCAUUUCAUCAUAUACCUAGAUCAUCAAAUUGUAUGGCGCAUAGUUUAGCAAAGGAUGCUGUAAAACUCUCUGAGAAGAGCAUCACUCUGGAGGAAGCCCCUCCAUGUAUCCAACAUUUGCUGUAG